CAAGCGCAACCGGAGAUACCAGCAAUACCAGCGAAACCCAUAAGUAUAACAAAAUGGCAGCGGCUUCAGCGCAAACCCCUCCCAACAACACUGUCUACGUCAAGAACCUCGAGGAGCGCAUCAAGAUCGACCAGCUCAAGGAAGCUCUGGAGGAAAUUUUCAGCGAAUAUGGCAACAUUAUCGACAUCCGGGCGGCCAAGAACCUGAAGGCGAAGGGUCAGGCUUUCAUUGUCUUCGACGACGUUGAGUCGGCGACGAAAGCGAUCGAGGAAGUCCAGGGCUUCGACCUGUUCGACAAGCCGAUGACGCUAGAUUACGCCAGGACCAAGAGCGACGCGACGGUGAAGCGCGAGGCUUCGGAGGAGGAAUUCGAGGCACACAAGAGGCACCGUCUCGCCGAGAAAGACAGGAAGAAGGCGCUCGAGGAGCAAGCCGCGCAGAAGAACCUCAAGCGCCCUGCCGUCGCUGCGCCCGAGGCUGCGGCUCGUCCCGCCGCAAAGGUCAGAGGCGCGGGUCUCAAGUCCACGGGUGGUGCUGCGGCCGUCAUCCCCGACGAAUACCUGCCGCCGAACAAGACGCUGUUCGUGCAGAACCUGCCCGACGGGUACGACGUCGAGGCUCUUACGGCUAUCUUCAGCCGUUUCGAGGGCUUCAGGGAAGUCCGUGUUGUGCCGGGCAGAAAGGGUAUUGCAUUCGUCGAGUACGAGGCGGAUACUGGUGCUAUAAGCGCGAAGGAGAAGCUAGGCGGAAUGCCGCUUGGCGAGGAGGGCAAGCCUAUGAAGGUCACUUACCAGAGACAGUAAGUUAGCUACGGAGUAGCUGAGACGAAUUCGGCUUUCAUAGAGGUGGGUCAGGCGUUUUGGCGCGGAGGUGGCAAUGGCCAAUGGUGCAUUGAAAAUAUGUUAGUGUCGCGCAUGUUAUUGCAGCGGCUGCGCGACAGUUUAUGAAGCAGAUUUCAUUCAAAGCAGUG